UCUCACCUCCCAUCAGAUCAUACACUCUGGAGAAAAGCCACAUCACUGUUCAGAGUGUGGGAAGGUCUUUAGCCACAUGUCUGCUCUCAAGGUACACCAGAGGAUCCAUACUGGGGAAAAGCCGCAUCAGUGUUCUCAGUGUGGGAAGGCCUUUAGUAGAAUUAAUAAUUUCAAGACACACCAGAGGAUCCAUACUGGGGAAAAGCCGUAUAAGUGUUCUCAGUGUGGAAAGGCCUUUAGCCAAAUAGGUCAUCUCAAGGCACACCAGAGGAUCCAUACUGGGGAAAAGCCAUAUCUGUGCACUACUUGUGGGAAGAGUUUCAAGACAAACUCCCAUCUCACCUCCCAUCAGAUCACACACUCUGGAGAAAAGCCACAUCACUGUUCAGAGUGUGGGAAGGUCUUUAGCCACAUGUCUGCUCUCAAGGUACACCAGAGGAUCCAUACUGGGGAAAAGCCAUAUCAGUGUUCUCAGUGUGGAAAGGCCUUUAGUACAAUAGAUACUCUCAAGACACACCAGAGGAUCCAUACUGGGGAAAAGCCGUAUCAGUGUUCUCAGUGUGGAAAGGUCUUUAGCCAAACUUCUAGCCUCAAGAGACACCAGAGGAUCCAUACUGGUGAAAAGCCACAUGAGUGUUCUCAGUGUGGAAACUCCUUUAAGGACACUUCUAGCCUCAAGAGACACCAGAGGAUCCAUACUGGUGAAAAGCCAUAUCAGUGCACUACUUGUGGGAAGAGUUUCAGGAGGAAAUCAUGUCUCACCACCCAUCAGAUCACACACUCUGGAGAAAAGCCACAUCACUGUUCAGAGUGUGGGAAGGUCUUUAGCCACAUGUCUGCUCUCAAGACACACCAGAGGAUCCAUACAGGGGAAAAGCCGUAUCAGUGUUCUCAGUGUGGAAAGGCCUUUAGUCACAUGUCUUCUCUAAAGACACACCAGAGGAUCCAUACUGGGGAAAAGCCGUAUCAGUGUUCUCAGUGUGGAAAGGUCUUUAGUCACAUGUCUGCUCUCAAGGCACACCAGAGGAUCCAAACUGCGGAAAAGCCAUAUAUGUGCACUACUUGUGGGAUGAGUUUCAAGAGGAAAUCAUGUCUCACCACCCAUCAGAUCACACACUCGGGAGAAAAGCCACAUCACUGUUCAGAGUGUGGGAAGGUCUUUAGCCACAUGUCUUCUCUCCAAAAACACCAGAGGAUCCAUACUGGGGAAAAGCCGUAUCAGUGUUCUCAGUGUGGGAAGGCCUUUAGCCAAAUAGGUCCUCUCAAGAGACACCAGAGGAUCCAUACUGGAGAAAAGCCGUAUCAGUGUUCUCAGUGUGGGAAGGUCUUUAGUCACAUGUCUAAUCUCAAGACACACCAGAGGAUCCAUACUGGGGAAAAGCCGUAUCAGUGUUCUCAGUGUGAAAAGGCCUUUAGUACAAUAGGUCAUCUCAAGACACACCAGAGGAUCCAUACUGGGGAAAAGCCGUAUCAGUGUUCUCAGUGUGUAAAGGUCUUUAGCCAAAUAGGUCCUCUCAAGACUCAAAGGAGCAUACACACAGGUGAAAAGCCAUAUCAGUGUUCUCAGUGUGGAAACUCCUUUAAGGACACUUCUAGCCUCAAGAGACACCAGAGGAUCCAUACUGGUGAAAAGCCAUAUGAGUGUUCUCAGUGUGGAAACUCCUUUAAGGACACUUCUAGCCUCAAGAGACACCAGAGGAUCCAUACUGGUGAAAAGCCAUAUCAGUGCACUACUUGUGGGAUGAGUUUCAGGAGGAAAUCAUAUCUCACCUCCCAUCAGAUCACACACUCUGGAGAAAAGCCACAUCACUGUUCAGAGUGUGGGAAGGUCUUUAGACAGAUGUCUGCUCUCAAGGUACACCAGAGGAUCCAUACUGGGGAAAAGCUGUAUGAGUGUUCUCAGUGUGGGAAGGUCUUUAGACAGAUGUCUGCUCUCAAGGUACACCAGAGGAUCCAUACUGGGGAAAAGCUGUAUGAGUGUUCUCAGUGUGGGAAGGCAUUUAGUACAAAUGAUCAUCUCAAGACACACCAGCGGACCCAUACUGGUGAAAAGCCGUAUCAGUGUUCUCAGUGUGGGAAGGCCUUUAGCCAAAUAGGUCAUCUCAAGGCACACCAGAGGAUCCAUACUGGGGAAAAGCCGUAUCAGUGUUCUCAGUGUGGAAAGGCCUUUAGCCAAAUAGGUCCUCUCAAGACUCACCAGAGGACCCAUACUGGGGAAAAGCCGUAUCAGUGUUCUCAGUGUGGAAAAGCCUUUGGCCGAAUAGGUCAUCUCAAGACACACCAGAUGAUCCACGGUUCUGAUGUGCUGCCCUGAUAAAACCAGAUAAAGUUUUUACUUUCUUUAAAAUGUCUUUGGUUUAAUUCAUUUUAAACAAAAUGUCAUGAACAUGAUUACGGCUAAUUUCUUCAUGCCUGAAGCAUGUGUUGGGGUAGAGAUUGAAACCUAGGUUUUUCAAGUGUGUGAUGGUGUUGAGGAGGGGUGUGUGUGCUUGUAUACAAACUACAAUCUACAAGCAUCUACUAGUGCAUGUACAAGCAAAAGUAGUGUAUGCAUCAGCUGUCUAGAUA